AUGUAUGCAUGUGCGGUAACAGCACCCUCGCGAGAAAGCCAACGGAGUUCGGUGAGUCCGCACCGUCUGGACCACUCCCUCGAUCUGGUCAAUCUAGGCAAUCGUGUAUGGACUGCCAGUGAUCGCCACCGCUGCCGUCACGAUGGAACAUCAUCGCGUAAGACAAUUUCCACCAUGCAUGUCUACCCUUCCCAUUUCACUCUCCCCAUCUCCAUCCCUUCUGCACACUUCCUCUCGCCCCCUUGUUUCACACCAGGCAACUCCACGAGCCUCAGACCAGGCUACACCGCCGGCCAGCUUUCGCUAUCCUCAACAAAGACCUCUAGCAUCGGCGGCUCCCACUGCUUCUCCUCUCCUCGUCUCGAUACCUCGCAAGCCAAUGGUCACACAAAUGGGAAGGUUAGCGAAGACGCCCCGGUUCAAUCUCAGACGUCGCCAAUUCGUAGAAAUGGACAUCGGGUAAACGAUGAGGCUUCAAAUCUCAGUCAGGAUUUCGACACAAGCUUACUGGGCUCUACUCCCAGCUACCCCAGUGUGGUUUGCUCUACUCCAUACACGAUGUCAGUAAAACUCGAGGGAAGCUCCGCGAAGAUGUAUCUUUCGGACUCAGAGUUCGAGAAAGUAUUCCAGCUUUCGCGAGUGGCAUUCUAUCGAUUGCCUGAAUGGAAGCGUAAUGACCUCAAACGCCGAGUCGAUUUGUUCUGA